AUGUACAUACACAGAAAUACACAUGCACAGACACAUGUACAUACAUACACAGACACAUGUACAUACACAAAGACACAUGUACAUACACACACAGACACACACACACACAUACAUGUACAUACACGCAGACACAUGUACAGAUACACACAUGUACAUACACAUGUACAUACACACAGACACAUGUACAAUUGUACAUGCAUACACAGACACACACAAACACACACACAUGUACACAUACACACACACACACCACCCACCCCCCCAUAAAUAGUUGCAGUACUUCGUUGUUCACUCACAGAUCUGGGUACUGCACUCUAGGGGGAGGCAGAGAGCACAGCACACACUCCUUGCUUUGCUUUCACUGCGCUCAGCUAUUUUGCAGUCUGACGGCUCCUAGUGCCAAUGACAGAUCCGGCCUGAGCUCCAAGCCUGCUCAGCAAGACGGCCCUAGGGGACACACUCGCUCCCACCAUAAUUUUCACUCACCAUUGGCGAGCAGGUGAGUGGAAAUUGCAAGCCCUGAUAUA